AUGGAGGGAAAGAAAUGCUUCUACAUCACGGAGAAGGGGAAGAAGCAAAACUUUAAAAAGAUCAAGCUGAUCACCUUCGACCUGGACCACACCAUAUGGAACAUCGAUGGUUUGCUAAAUUAUGCAGACGGGGAGUGCUACAAAUACAUGAAAAAAAACUACAAGAGAUUGUAUGACUACCUUCAGAAGGAGUACGAGCUGUCCAUCACUAAAUUGGUAAAAGAAUUGUUGGAAAAGAAAAUAGAUUCAAAUAAAGAUGGGGUUCAAAUUCUAACAAACAUACGAAUCGAUGCGUUAAAAUAUUUGGCCAAACAGACAAACUACGAUGAAGUGAAAUUCGUAUCGGAGGUGCAGGAGUUGUGGAAGGAGAAGAAGAACGAUGUGCACCUAUUCAUCAGUCCAGGGACUUUAGAAUAUUUAAGAGAACUCAAACAUAGGGGAUACAUCUUAGGAGCCAUCACAAAUGGAGACUCAGAUGUAAAUGGGAUCAAAUUCUUAAAUGAGAUUUUUACCUUUGUCAUUAGGUCCAUGGAUUAUAAUUAUUCCAAGCCAAGUGUAGAAAUUUUUAACAUAGCAGAGAAUCUUUUGAAAAAGAAGAAUCUGCACUUUGAGAUUGACCAGUGGAUGCAUGUAGGGGACGAUGUCUUCACAGACAUCAUGGGCGCGAAGAAUAAAAAUAUUAACUGUGCCUGGAUUACCAUGUUUCGGGAUGGUAGUGAAGUUCCCCCUAAUGAGUGGUACUCCUACUUGAAGUUGAAGCUGGAAAAAAACUGCGAUACACGCCUAUCUCAGUAUGACCCCUUUGCGGACGGGCUUUUUUCCCGCUUCCGCAGGAGGGAUGUCGUUCUUCCGUAUGAGUAUAUCGAUAUUGAGAUUCGUCACUGCCGGGAUUUGGACGCCAUCCUGGCGUAG